AUGGCGUUCCAGCCCCGCUCGAGAAGGCGCACUGGCGUGCAGCUGGCGCUGGCCCUGCUGAUAAUCCUGGUUCUGGGAGUGCUCAGCUUGUACAUGGACACCAGCGGCAUCCAGAAACGCACCGCGGCUCUGCACGAGGAAGUCUUUCUGGCAAGUGGCGAGCCGGAUGAGGACUUGGGUACGGUUGACCAUGAGCCAGCCGAGCUGGCCGAAGUCGCAGAGGAACCGCGGCGCUGGGGGGCGGCCAACCCUGGCCAGCACAAGGGAGCGGUGCCAGAGGCGAUCAAGCAGCGGUGCGCAUUGACGCUGGGCACCUGGUGUGUGGACUACCUCACUCAGAAGGGCGUGCCCGCGGUGACGGCGCCGCGUGGCAGCAAGACCUGCAGCAUGAACUGUAACAAGGCGAGCUGGCGUGGGUUCAACUGCAUCCACCCCAUGAAGCGGUACUGCACCCACAAGUACCGGGAGUGGGGUUUUGAGGUGGAAAGGACGCCUCCGCCUUGGGAGUAUUUUGACUCCAUGCACCCCCGCACGCACUGCGUAGGGUUUUGCGAAGAGACCAUUGGUGCCUGCUACUGCCCAUCCAACACCACCUACGGUCGCAUCCCUGCCCGGGAGGAUGCGCCCAUGGAUGCCCCGCCGCAGCAGCACGGCCGGCCCAUGAACUGGUGGUGCCAGCCCAACAACUCGUAUGGCGGCACUCGGGCGUUUGAGGACAUUUUCGGGCCCCAGGGCUGGUGCAUGGCUGCAGAGCCGGUUAUUGAGUGCGAGUGCAAUGUGCCCGGCUGGGGAGGCAGGUUCUGCGACGAGCCAAUGGAGCAGUUUUGCUUCAACUCCUGCAACGGGCGCGGGGAGUGCAUCCAAGGGUAUUGCAAGUGCCAGAAAGGGUUGGAGCAGGAGCGGCCGUGGCUUGCGGAGAACAUUCACACGCCCGCCGCCCAGGACUUUGCUCACAACGCCACUCGCAAGCGGCCGCUCAUUUUCAUCUACGAGCUGGAGAGCGAUUAUGGCAGCCUCAUGAUGCAGUACCGCCACGUAGGCGGCCCCACAGAGGACUGUGUGCCCCGCCGCUACACGCUGCCCAACAACGAAACCAAGCUCUCAGAGUGGCCGUACGGGCUGGAAAGCGCAUUCCUGGAGAUGCUGAUGCAGAGCGAGCACCGCACGCUGGACCCCGAAGAAGCGGACUUCUUCUACGUGCCUGUCUUCACCAGCUGCUUCAUCUACCCCGUGCGGUCGGGAGCGUCCAGCCUGCAAGACUGGUUCUAUGCCCCCGUCCAGAACAGGGUGCAGGGCGCAGCCAACAUGCUCCUGGAGGCCUUCCACUGGAUACAGUCGCACCACCCAUGGUGGGAGCGGCGUGGCGGGCGGGACCACAUCUGGCUGGUCACACAUGAUGAGGGCAGCUGCUGGGUACCGGCCGCCAUCCGCCCCAGCAUCAUCCUGAGCCACUGGGGACGCAUGGACCUGAACCACUCCAGCACCACAGGCUACUGGGAAGAUGACUACAGGCAAGCCAACGCACGCAAGCUGCAGCAUGCUGAGCAGCAGCAGCACUUGUUCGAGCCAGACGGCUUCCAGCAGAAGAUUGCGGGGCACGCCUGUUACGACCCGGUCAAAGAUUUGGUGGUCCCGCUCAUCAAGACGCCCAACCGCAACAAGCACUCGCCCCUGUUUGGCGCGCCCACACGCAACCGCACCUGGCUGGCGUUCCACAGGGGCCGGGUGAACCACGAGUUCCCAAGGUACUCGCGGGGCGUGCGGCAGCGCGUGGACAACGCCUCCCGGGAGCACCAGUGGCUGGAGAACUACGGAAGCAAGUUUGGGGAUGAGUCGCUCCAGGGCGACUACUCCGAGCUGCUGGCCUCCUCCAUCUUCUGCCUGGUGCUGCAAGGCGACGGCUGGAGCGCGCGCAUGGAUGAUGCCAUGUCGCACGGCUGCAUCCCUGUGGUCAUCAUCGACGAUGUGCAUGUUUCGUUUGAGUCUGUGCUGGACCUCAGCCAGUUCAGCCUGCGCGUCAAGUCUGCAGACGUCGAGCGGCUGCCCGAGAUACUGCAGGCGGUGAGCCAGGAGCGGCGGGAGGAGCUGCAGCGCAACCUGGCGCGCGUGUGGCAGCGCUACUCCUACUCCAGCUGGCGCCCCUACGCCAAGCGCAUCCGGCAGCUGCAGCAGGAGCGGGGCAGCGAGGCACGGCAAGAGCAGCCGCUGUCGCUGCCGGAGACGGUGCCCGACCUGGAUCCCUUGCUCGAUGACGGCUUCUACACCAUCAUGGGCUGGCUGUACAGCAGAAUAGAUGCCACGUAG